UGUGCAAACGCGUGUGUCGGGGUUCUUGCUCUUGCUCAUCAUCGGAAUCUUCGAAAUCGAUGCCGUUUGUAGUUACAUUCGACCACCACCUCGUCAAACACUCUCUAUUCCUCAUGCCGAUCAAGACCCCGACACGCCACAACAGGUACAUAUUUCCCAAGUGGGCCAAAACAAGAUGAGGAUAUCGUGGAUCACAGAUAGCCCAACCCCUGCAAAGGUUGAGUACGGUCCAUCACCUUCGGCUAACGCUUUCUCUGCCACUGGGAAUACCUCUUCCUACAAAUUUGUUACCUACGAGUCUGGUGAAAUUCACGACGUUGUAAUCGGUCCCCUCAACCCCAACACUGUCUAUCACUACCGCUUGGGAUGCUCACCCUCUUCCCAAACCUACCAAUUCAAGACUCCACCCUGUCAAUUUCCUAUCAAGUUUGCCAUAGUUGGAGACCUUGGACAAACAGAUUGGACUAGGUCGACCUUGGAGCAUAUAGGUAAGUCAAACUACGACAUGUUGCUACUACCAGGGGACAUAUCCUACGCUGACUUAAUACAACCUCUAUGGGACUACUUUGGUCGUCUUGUGGAGCCAUUAGCUAGUGAACGUCCUUGGAUGUUGACCCAAGGCAACCAUGAAAUUGAGAAGAUUCCGGUGAUCCACUCUGAGCCAUUCACAGCUUACAAUGCCAGGUGGCGAAUGCCAUUCGAAGAGAGUGGCUCAGACUCUAACCUCUACUAUUCUUUUGAUGUUGCUGGCGUUCAUGUUAUCAUGUUGGGAUCCUACACUGACUUUGCUCCUGAUUCUUCUCAAUACAAAUGGCUUCAAGGGGACUUGAAAAAGGUUAACAGGGGAAAAACUCCUUGGGUGGUGGUGCUCGUUCACGCCCCUUGGUACAACUCCAACACUGCUCAUCAGGGUGAACCUGAAUCUGUUUCCAUGAAGGCUUACAUGGAAGAUUUGCUCUAUCAAGCGCGUGUUGAUGUUGUUCUUGCAGGACAUGUUCAUGCCUAUGAGCGCUUCACUCGGGUUUAUAAAGACAAAGGUGACAAAUGUGGUUCGGUGCAUAUCACAAUCGGGGAUGGGGGUAACCGUGAAGGCCUCGCUACCAAGUACAUAGACCCCAAGCCAGAGAUAUCAAUAUUCAGGGAGGCUAGCUUUGGACACGGUUUAUUAGAGGUGGUUAAUGCAUCGCAUGCACGGUGGACAUGGCAUAGGAAUGAUGAUGAUGAAGCGGUUGCUAGUGACUCUGUUUGGUUUACAAGCCUCUCCUCUAAUCCUUCUUGUAAACUGUAA